GGAUCAUAAAUAGAUCUCGAGUCAAUCCAAAAACCCCGUUUCUUUGUUUGCCCAGAAUAAUGUAAAUAAGUUGCAAUUACUAACCCACCACCGCUUUCCAAUCAAUCGCCAAACAACACGCCCUUUUCUUCAUUUUGAAACCCCCGCCCCAUAUUUAUUUCUACAACAACCUUUUCCAUUACAAUAAUCUCUUUCCCUUCCCAUCCUUUUUCUCUUCAAUGACCUACCGCAAUGUAUUCUAUCCAUCUUUCCUUAGCUUAUAAAGGACCUCCACACACUGUAAAAAUGUAAGCAAAAGCUAGAUGUACAGGGGAGAUAUAUAUGGUUUUUUUCUUCUUCCUUCUAGAUUUUAUAUUUACAGAUAUCAUGAGAUUCCUGCUGUGUGGAAAGGCUAUAUAUAAGGAUAUGUUGCGUACGUUGGCCUAGUGGAUUCAGUUUCCUCCCUCACCAUCAUCAGCAUCAACAUCAUCAUCACAUCAUGUCUUCUUCCAAUAAACACUGGCCAAGCAUGUUCAAAUCCAAGCCUUGCAAUUCCCACAACCAAUGGCAGCAUGGCAACAACUCUUCUGUCCUGUCCACUGGAUGCCAAAGAAGCCCUUAUACUCCAGGAAAUGAAGAGAAAACUCCAGAACCAAAGUCAAGAUGGAAUCCAAAACCCGAGCAAAUUCGCAUUCUAGAAGCCAUCUUCAAUUCUGGGAUGGUGAAUCCCCCAAGGGAUGAGAUAAGGAAGAUCCGGGUGCAGUUGCAGGAGUAUGGCCAAGUUGGUGAUGCCAAUGUGUUCUAUUGGUUCCAGAAUCGCAAAUCCAGGAGCAAGAACAAGCUCCGCCACAUCCAAAACUCAAAGAACCACAACACAGAAACGCAAGCAAACUUACUUUCUCUCUCUCAAAUCAUACCACCUUCAACCUCAUCCUCUUCCUCUGACAAAUCCUCCUCAAAAGAAUUAGUGCACCCAAAUGCCAUCUCCUUUGGCUUCUCAAAUGUCAAUGAUGCACUGCCUAAUUCUCCCACUGCUUCUGUGAAUCAGACUUAUUUACAGUCUCACAACUACAAUAACACCGCUUUGCUGCCACCAGUGAUCGAGUCUUUCUCCUUUCCUUUGCACAAUAAUGGUCAAGGUGUAAUAGUUAACGAUACCAUCACAACGCAUGGGUUUUCUAUCCCUCAGUUCUCCAACAAUAUAAUGCAAUCUCAACCACAAUGUGAACCAAAGGUUGGACACAGCAGUAGUCUUUUUCUCAACGAGAUCAUGAGCCACGGAACUUUCUCAAAGAAAGACCAAGAUCAGGAAAAGGCAUUAAAAUCAAUGCACCGUCAACAACUUAGCUCCCCUCCGACUUCAUCUUCAACCACAACCGUUGCUCACGAAAUCUCAACUCUUCCAUGUCCAAUCACCCAGCUUCAAGGUGUUGGUGGUGAGGUUACAGCAGAUAGAGAAAAAUGUAUAGUUUUCAUUAACGAUGUUGCAUUUGAGGUAAUGAUGGGACCCUUCAACGUGCGCCAAGCCUUCGGAGAUGAAGCCGUGCUUAUCCACUCUUCCGGCCCUGUCCCCACCGAUGACUGGGGCAUUACCCUCCACCCACUGCAGCAUGGUGCUUACUAUUAUCUGAUAUAAGGAAGUGGAGCUGGAGAAGGAAAACGUGAUUUAGAUAUAUAAUUUUCUAUGUUUCGGUUUGGUUGUUCCCUUUUGUCCCAACAUAUAGUUAUUGUUACAGGGUUUGCAAUGUGGUUCAUAAAUGACUAGUUCAGUGCAGGUCUCAAAGUAUAGAAAUCGUGUCUUCGUUGACCAGGAUAUUUGUAUUUUCAUUCUAUGGAUAAAUUGUU